CAGCUCUAGAGUCAACCCAUAGCGUGGUGACUGGACUGCCUGUCUGCCUGACUACUGGUACAAAUGGGGAAGCCUUCUCGCGCUCCCUUUGCCCUGCUCACCUUUGCCGCCAGCGUGCCUGCCAACUGCCAGCGUCCAGCGAUCUGAAGUUGAGAACAACAGCAGACCACCAAGAGCCUGAUCAUCAACAUUUCUGCACGGACCCCGUUGCAAGGACGAUUUUCAGCAGGUUCCUGUACCUGGGUGAAAUGAAUCUGGUUUUCUGGCAAUGGUUGUUGCUGUUCAUCACAUUAGUUUCGUCGUCAUUGGGUUUGAGUUCGGAUGGCCUAGCUCUUCUUGCUCUGUCCAAAAACCUCAUGCUACCAAGCAACAUAAGCUCCAGUUGGGAUGCUUCUAAUGCAACUCCUUGUAAAUGGAAUUCGGUUACUUGCGAUAAAAGGGGUAAUGUGAUUUCUCUUGACCUGACAUCAUCAGGGAUUUCUGGGUCACUAGGACCUGAAAUAGGGCACCUAAAAUACCUGCAAGUCCUCAGUUUAUCUGAUAACAACAUAUCUGGUUCGAUCCCCCCAGAAUUGGGCAACUGCAAUAUGCUUGAACAAUUGGAUCUGUCACAAAACUUCCUUUCUGGCCAGAUACCUGCAUCAAUGGGCAACCUCAAGAAAUUGUCACUACUCUCUCUGUACAACAACUCUCUGAGUGGAACAAUACCAGAGGAGUUGUUCGAGAACCAGUUUAUGGAGAAAGUGUACCUCCAUUCCAACAAGCUCAGUGGUUCGAUCCCCUUCUCGGUUGGUGAGAUGAAAAGCCUUAGGUCCUUGUGCUUGCAUGAGAACAUGCUAUCUGGUGUUCUGCCUGAUUCAAUUUGCAACUGCACCAAGUUGGAGGAGCUCUAUCUACUUGAUAAUCAACUGGGCGGCGAUCUUCCGAAAGACUUGAGUGAGAUCAAAGGCCUCAGGAUUUUUGAUGCCACUACCAAUAACUUCACAGGCGAGAUUCCUUUCAGUUUUGAGAAGAACUGCAGGUUGGAAAUAUUCAUCUUGUCAUUCAAUCAAAUAAGGGGGGAGAUACCAAAAUGGUUAGGGAACUGCAGCAGCUUGACACAGCUUGCAUUUGUCAACAACAGUCUGUCCGGACAGAUACCACCUGCAGUUGGUUUGCUGAGAAACCUCACUUAUCUUCUACUUUCACAGAACAAUUUGUCUGGUCCAAUCCCUCCAGAAAUUGGCAACUGUCGAUUGCUUUUGUGGCUGGAGUUGGAUGCAAACCAGCUUGAGGGCACUGUUCCAAAAGAACUAGCAAACUUGAGGAACUUGCAGAAGCUCUUUCUUUUCGAAAACCGCCUCACCGGGGACUUCCCUGAAGAUAUAUGGAGCAUCCAAAGCCUUCAAAGUGUCCUCAUCUACCGAAAUGGUUUUACUGGGAAGCUACCUUCCGUUCUUGCUGAGCUGAAGUUCCUGCAGAAUAUUACAUUGUUUGAUAACUUUUUCACCGGAGCCAUACCACUGGGGUUGGGUGCUAAUAGUCAUUUAGUCGCGGUCGAUUUCACCAACAACAGCUUUGUUGGCGAGAUUCCGCCAAACAUUUGUUCAGGAAAAACAUUGAGAAUUUUGGACUUGGGCUCUAAUCAUCUCAGUGGUAUCAUCCCAUCCGGGGUUGUGGAUUGCCCAAGUUUGGAGCGACUCAUUGUGCAGGGCAACAGUUUCAGUGGGCACAUUCCUGAAUUCAGAAAUUGUAUGGGAUUAAAUUACAUAGAUCUUAGUCAUAAUGGUUUUGACGGUCCAGUCACACCAAAUGUAUUUUCAAAUUGUCCUUGUUUGGUGCAGAUCAGUCCCCAAACCAACAAUCUGAAUGGGUCCGUUCCAGGAUUCAGAGAUUGUACAAACCUAGGUGUUAUAGAUCUUAGUCACAACAGCUUUUCUAGUAAAAUCCCGCCAAGAUAUGUUUAUUGCGUUCACUGUAACAGGAGAAAGAGAGGGUGAUUUAG